CCUUUACCUCCAAAAAGACCAUUAUCAAGUUUUUUCUUGUUUAAGUAAGAAAACCAUGAAAAAGUUAAAAAAUAGCAUCCCAAUGCUAGAAUUACCUAAUUAAUAAGUAUGAUGGCUGAAUAAUGGAAAAAAGCAAGUAUAUAAGAGAAAUAAAAAUAUGAAGGUUAAUAUGCUGAAGCUAAAGCUAAAUAUGAAUAAGAAUUGAUAGAAUAUUAGAAUAAAUAUGGAAAAAUUAAAUCUUAGAAAAGUAAAAGAAAUAAAUGA